UAAGCCCAAUUCGAGUGGAAGUGACGCCAAUCGGCCAAGAUUAAAGCAGUUUGUUGUCCCUUACCGGCCUCUUCUUGCCCAGACAAAGCGUCCUGUUGACCCAUAGAGUCUUGAACCCAGACCCGAUAGCUGCUGGCUGGCAUGUCAGGAAUUUGCAUGUAAAAUCGGGUACCCGACCAGUCACGGCUCAGUGUUCGGCUUGGGCGUCGCCAGCCCACUAGUGAGUUUCCCCAGUUUCCCUCGCGAAAACUCGCCGCCACCCCAUCGAGAACCCGCGCAAUGAUAUUCUACGUGCUGCUGCUUCUGCUGGCGCUGCUGGCCCUUCUAGGGCGGCCCCGCGGGUUGCCGCCCGGUCCCUGGGGUCUACCCCUGCUCGGCUACCUGCCCUGGAUCGACCCUAAGGCGCCCCACUUGACGCUUGCGCGAUUAGCGCGCAAGUUCGGCCCCAUCUACAGCCUGACCCUAGGGCGAGUGUGCGCGAUCGUUUUGACCGACCCCCGUACCAUCAGGAGGCUGCUGGCGAAAGAUGCCACCAGUGGUCGCGCCCCCCUGUAUGUUACCCAUGGAAUUAUGCAUGGAUAUGAUUUCUGCCCACCUACAAGCGAACGAUGUCCUUCCUGGUGGAAGGCCAGCGCAAGUCGCACCAAUACUACCAAAAGCUGGCCAAAGAAGUGGAACCUUUGGUUCCACUGGACAGGAACCAGAGCCUGGACGCCCUCCCCAGCCUCCUGGAGGAGUUCCUCAGGGAAAAGCGCCUCAAAUCGGGCACAGAGGACGGCCAACGGUUCUACAGCGACCGCCAGAUGGACCAUCUGCUGGCCGAUAUCUUCGGCGCUUCGCUCGACACCACUUUGACCACUUUGAGGUGGUUCCUACUGUUCCUGGGGGUCAACCAGGACGUCCAGCGGGAGCUCCGAUUGGAGAUUGAGGCGGUGGUGGGGAAGCGAGCGCCCUCAUUGGAGGACCUGGCAGCGAUGCCGUUUCUGGAGGCCUGCAUUGCGGAGACGCAGCGCAUCCGCUCGGUGGUUCCUCUGGGCGUGCCGCAUGGAGCGCUGGAGGACCUGGAGGUCGAUGGGUACCGCAUCCCUAAGGGUUCCCUCAUCCUCCUGCUGCAAUGGGCCAUCCACAUGGAUGAGGCGCAGCAUCGCGAUCCAGAGAGGUUCAACCCACGCCGCUUUCUGGAUGCCGAAGGCCGCUUUUGCAAGGGGGAGUUCUUCAUGCCCUUCCAGACUGGGAAGCGGAUGUGUGUGGGGGACGAGCUGGCCAAGGAGAUAAUGUUCCUGUUCACUGCCAGCCUUUUCCAGAGCUUCCGGGUGCAGGUGGUGGGCGAGCCGGAGCUGGAGGGCGUCUGUGGGAUCACCCUGAGUCCCCAGCCCUACCAGGUGGUCUUCCAGAGCCUUGCCUAGGAUUUUCUGUUCAGGUUUGCUGAUAGUUUGCAUUAAAGGGAGUGGCAUGGA